AUGAUGGCCGGCUCAGUCGAUGGCAACGAUAACCCGCCAACGAGCACCCCCACAUCUGAGGGCAUAAACGCACAAGACAUCGCGGCCGUGACAAAAAUUGUGUCAGUCGCACUUGAACAUCUGGACACUCGCGAAGUUGAGGAACAACCCAAGACUGCGGAAGACUACCAGUUGCUCCUGAAGAAGAAGGAAGAACUCAUGACCUUGUACAACCGGGUCUUGCAGGUGCUUAACUUCACUCGACUACGGCGCGAAGGGGAAUCUCAAGUUCCAACAAUCGAAGCGGUUGAUGAGCUUGGGACGGGUUAUUCAACAUUGCUCAGGGGCGUUGAGUCUGUUCUCGCACGAGUCAUUGUGUGGAUUGAAGAGUACGAACACGACAACGGGAUCAACACUGGUGUUUCGGGGAGUUCAUCUGCGCGUACGCCCUGA